AUGCUGGCCGGCUUCUACAACGCUUCUGGAAAGAUCGGAUUACGACUGGACCUCACGAAGGCGAUGUUCAUGCGAAACGGAUUGGUACCUGAUGCUCCUUCCACGCUGAACGGAAGCAAUGUCUCCGAAUGCUCCAGCUAUGUGUAUCCAGGUCGGGAAGUCAACAUGAUGAACGACCUAGCUCCGGAGCAGAGCAGGCGGAAAGGCGCGGCGUGA